UUUCCGAUUCCUAUAUAUUUUCAAUAGCGUCAUCGGUAUUCGCGGCGAGGCGAAUGGCGAUUGAAAGACGAUCUUCUUCCGCCGAAACUUCUAUUUGUGGAAUCAUCAUUGAUUCAUAAUUCUUUUGAAAAAAUAUUGAAAAUUUUGAAAGAAUCUUUCAACCCAUUUUGUUGUUCUUGUUGCUGGUGGUGUUCUUCGUUUCUUCGAAGCUACUGAUUUCAAGGCCUCACCGACGACGGGGAUUUCGGUAAUAAUUUUGUUUUGGCUGCAUGUGUUCUUUAUUUCUAAAUUUCUGAUUCGGCAUUCAUCGAAACGGAACGGAUCGAGUGUUCGGCUGAUUUUGUUUCUCGCCUUAGAGAAGGGUUGAGAGGAAUACAAAUAUGUGCAAGAUAGAGGGAAAUCGGAGGAAGCUUAAUGAAUCGACGGUGAUGGAGUUGAAAACAUUUGGAGAAAGCAAGGAUGAUAAACUUAAGAGUUCGAUGGUUUCUUCAGGGUCGAGAAUACGGCCGUGGUUAAUCCGUUUAACGACGACUGUUUUGCUCUGGACUUGCAUUGUUCAAAUGGUUUCGUUAAUGGAGUUUUGGGGGCCUGGGGUCUUGAAAGGAUGGCCUUCUUGUUUUUCUCAUGAAUCUGCGGCUGCUGUUGUUUCUGGAGUUCAGGAAAAUGCCCUUUCAGUUCCGCCUAAAAUCGUAUUCCUUCCUAAACGAUAUUACAAGAACAAUGGCUACUUGAUGGUGUCCUGCAAUGGAGGGCUCAACCAAAUGAGAGCAGCGAUAUGUGACAUGGUUGCGAUUGCGAGACAUUUGAACGUGACUCUUGUAGUACCUGAACUGGAUAAGACCUCAUUCUGGGCUGAUCCAAGUGAAUUUCAAGAUAUAUUUGAUGUUGAACAUUUUAUUGGAUCACUGAGAGAUGAAGUACGGAUCAUAAGAGAGUUGCCCGACGGGAUUAAGAAGAGAAUGGAGCAAAGGGAGACCUACACUAUGCCACCUAUUAGUUGGUCUGACAUUUCAUACUAUCGUAAUCGGAUUCUUCCGUUGAUUCAGAAGCACAAAGUUUUACAUUUGAACAGAACUGAUGCCCGACUUGCCAACAAUGACCAACCAAUGGAGAUACAGAAGCUGAGAUGUCGAGUAAACUAUAGUGCUCUGAAAUUCACCCCACAAAUAGAGGAGUUAGGAAAAAGGGUUGUCAAGCUGCUUAGGAAAAAUGGCCCUUUCCUAGUGCUUCAUCUUAGGUAUGAGAUGGAUAUGUUGGCUUUCUCUGGCUGUACUCAAGGUUGUAACAGCGAAGAAGUAGAAGAAUUGACAAAAAUGAGAUAUGCAUAUCCAUGGUGGAAAGAGAAAGUAAUAGACUCUGAGCAGAAAAGGAAGGAUGGACUGUGCCCCUUGACUCCAGAAGAUACUGCACUUACACUGCGGGCAUUGGAUAUUGAUCCUAAUUUUCAGAUUUAUAUUGCAGCUGGUGAAAUCUAUGGAGGAAAAAGGAGGAUGCAGAGUCUUGCAAAGGCUUAUCCUAAACUGGUCAAGAAGGAGACAUUGCUAAAACCUUCUGACCUCAGUUUCUUUCAGAAUCACUCAUCUCAGAUGGCUGCUUUAGAUUACCUUGUCUCAUUGGAAAGUGAUAUAUUCGUUCCUACAUAUGAUGGAAAUAUGGCUAAAGUUGUUGAAGGUCAUCGCAGAUACCUUGGCUUUAAGGAGACCAUAUUGUUGGACAGAAAGAUACUCUUCAAUUUGAUUGAUCAAUACAAGAGUGAAAAGCUAAGCUGGGAUGAGUUCUCUUGGGCUGUAAAAGAAGCUCACUCAGACCGGAUGGGGAAACCAACUAAACGGACGGUGAUCCCCGACAAACCUAAAGAAGAGGAUUAUUUCUAUGCCAACCCUGAAGAAUGUUUGCCACCAUCCGAGGAACAAAAAGGGGCUAUCUCUUCUUCAAUGCUGAAGAGAACAAUUUGAGUUUUGAAUGUUUGAAACACUGACAUUUUCAGUACAUGGAGAUUGAACUAAUGGGAACACUCAAGAUAUUUUCGAAGGUCCACAGAUUUGCAUAUACAAAAGCCGGAAAGUAUAUAUAAAGAAGAGCCGAUUGGAAAAUUGUUUAUUGAGCAACAACAUGGUUGUAUAUAUUCAGCUACAUUGGCUAGCUGUUAUACAGGAUGAAAGAGCAGCAGCUGCACCAUCAAACUUCUCAGGAGAUGCAUAAGUGAGUUUGUACACAGAUGGAUUUUGGUAUGAUAUGAAAUUGUCUCACACCCAUUGUUAGCCUCAGUCUUCAUAUUAGUAGCAGGGGAGCUAAUAGGGAAUGAAAAUUGUUUAUUUUACUUAUUUUUCCCAAUAAAAAAAAAAAAGCAAUAGCUGUUAGGCUUCAUAUUUAUGUAUUGAGCAAUGUUCAUCUCAUUUUCCUUCGGAUUCUAUGAAUGAUGGCAAAUUUAUUCAUUGAUUUUGUUAUUUAUUCUCAUUUGGUAAAA